UUCGUCUCCUGCGUCUCGUCCUAAUCAUCAUCCCUGCCUCGCAAGCCCUUCGGUCCCGUCUUCCGCUUCACCUUCCCGCAACCGCCUUAGGAUGGCAUCGUCGACGCUUCCAAUCUCUCAAUCACUACCCUUCUCCGCCCACCCUCGCGCUAUCAUCUCCGCCUUCCUCGGAAAGCACCCCCACCGCCUCCUUUGCCGCCCCCGCGGAGGUGCCGGCGGCUGGAUGCCCCUGCGGACCAUGGUCGUAUCCGCCACCACGACCGAGACGCCGAAGAAGCGUCAGGCGGCUGGGGGAACCCGGGACCGUGGGUUCGUCGACGAGAUGAGGGCUGUCGCGAUGAAGCUGCACACCAGGGAUCAAGCCAAGGAGGGGGAGAAAACCUCCGAAUCGCCGCCUGUUAGCAAGUGGGAGCCUUCCGUCGAAGGGUACCUCCGGUUCUUGGUCGACAGCAAGCUCGUCUACGAUACGCUUGAGACCAUCGUCCAGAAGGCCGCCUAUCCAUCCUAUGCUGAGUUCAGGAAUACUGGCUUGGAAAGGUCGGAGAAAUUAGCCAAAGACUUAGAGUGGUUCAAGGACCAAGGACAUACCAUUCCUGAACCCUCUUCUGUAGGUGCUUCUUAUGCUAAGUAUCUGGAGGAGCUAUCGGAAAAGGAUCCUCAAGCUUUCAUCUGCCACUUCUACAAUGUAUAUUUUGCUCAUACUGCUGGUGGUCGAAUGAUUGGUAGAAAGGUAGCAGAGAAAAUCUUGGACAACAAAGAGCUGGAGUUCUACAAGUGGGAUGGUGAUCUCUCCCAAAUGUUGCAGAAUGUCCGUGAUAAGCUGAACAGAGUUGCUUCCAGCUGGUCCAGAGAAGAGAAGGAUCAUUGUUUGGAAGAGACUGAGAAAUCAUUCAAAUAUUCAGGAUCAAUACUCCGUCUUAUACUAUCCUAACAGCUGAGGAAGGAUUCAUCAGCUUGCUAACUGUAAAUAUUCUUUCAUCUCAGCUUUCCCAUUGGGGAAAAACAUGUUCAGAAUGUUUAUUCCUCUACAUCGACUCUAUGAAUUGCACCUUAUCUUUUCAUUCUGUUUCCUUUCUAUGACAAAAAGAUGGUGAACUUAUAAGUUGCAGUUGGUUUAUUGUAUGGGUAAGUUGUUCUGUCCACCUCUUUGAUCAAAUAUUUAUCGCAUCGAUUUGGUCUCGUUCUUUUCAA